AUGGCAGCAGCCGCGCUCUUCGGCAAGCUAACGUGCGGCCUGUGCGGCUUCGUCCCCCCGGGCGCCCAGCCCGACACCACCGGCUGGGCCCAGUACUACCGUGCCGUCUACUGUGUCGGCCCGGACCCCUCCGCGGAGCCCACGCUGUCGGGCGUCGGCUUCCAGCGGCCGCAAGACCCGGAGCACGUCGUCCCCGCCGCGGCACACCAGCGCCUUGAGGAGGGCGACCCGGGCCUGUAUCCCUCGGCCGGUGGCCUUGUCCGGGUCCGGGACGUCAAACCGCCGGGCCCGGAGGUGCCCGCCGAGGAGCAGGUCGACUUCGCCUGGGGCUUCGUGUUUCACGAGGCGUGCUGGGCCGUGUUGGAGCAGGCUGUCACGCCCGCCAGCGUGGACGUGCCUGCCCUGUGGAGGGUGCUGUGCAGUGUGCCGUGCGGCAGCGAUGUGCCCAAUUGGGGCCACAAUUAUGGUGGACUGUACAUGGGCACCAUGAGGGACCAGACCAAGGGUGAGCAUUUCGUGCUGCUGGGGAGAAACUCGAACCUGGUCAUCCCCAGCACCUUCUCGGAUCCCUACAAGGUCCCGGAGAUCGAAAGGCUGGUGGCCAACUUGAGGAUCAGGCCGAGUCCGGAGAGAGAUGAGACAGAUAACGGCGGCCCAGAACCAGCGGUCAGCAGGGGCAGGAAGUCCCCGGGCGGCAGUAUGGGAAAUAAGGACCCGUUUGCUUUGCUUCCCACGGAGCUGAAGGAGCUGUUGCUAUCAUAUACAGAGUCGCCGGCAGUGGCGAGCCUCCGGCUUGCGUCGCGCGCCAUGGCCUCGAUGCCGCUCACGCAGCACUUCUUCAGGUCCAGGUUCUGGCCCGAGCGGGAGAUGCACGCAUUCUUCGACGCAUUCCUGCUUCCCGAGAGCGAGGUACGGGGAACCGACUGGACGAGGCUGUACUGGCAGCUAAAGACAAGGCUGAGGUUCAACCGGGUCUGUCUCGGGGAGCGCAAUCGGCUGCGGAUCUGGAACCAGACGAUAAAGCCGUUGACCGAGGCCGUGAGCCAGAUUACCAAGAUGAGCCCGCUCAUGGGAGGCCCCGACUGGAUAUGGGAUACGCAGGGAGCCGAUCUAGAGACGGACUGGAAGAUCCUGAGCACGUCAAGGUUCCAUGCACCGCUCGCCUUUGGAGAAGUGCGGCGAGCGGUAUACAGGGCUGAGGUGGAAAUCCCUGCCGACCGACUGACUGGCGUGUUUAUCUCCUUCGUCCACUUUUUCAACACGCGGUAUAUCACGGGGCUCCGAUUCGUGUCUGAAGGCGGCUCUGGCGUGGAGAUUGGGUAUAUCCUGAGCAAGGCGGAAGAGUACCUGCCCGUGUACGGCUCCUUGGACGGUUUCUUCUGUGCCGUCGAUGAGUGCGGGUUUAGGGCUCUGGCUCUUCUUACGGGGCAGCAUAUGGUGACCGAGUACUUAUCAUGGGUAGGCGAGGGCGAUUCGUUGAGUGUGAGGCCGUUGAAAUCUUCGGGAACGCGCCUGAGGAAGUUGAGAGCAUCGUUCGAUGUAAGUCAAACUAAGCACGCGCGUGGACACGAGGACAAGUACUGA